AUGCGUCCAUCUGCCGCACUGAGCCCUUUUAAGGGGGUCGCUGCGGUUCAUUGUUGCGAGGAUGCGCAGUUUCGGCUACAAUCAGGCAGGUUAGGAUUGUUUUUGAAACUUCGCGGGGACGUUAUGCGUCAUGCUCGCCUGGCUGGCGGGAAUGGCGGUCAAAAGAGAACACGCGAUUGCCGUGAAACGACAGUUGCGGUGGAAGAGAAGCCAGGCGAUGUUGCUUCAGCUGUUCUUUGUGGCGUCCGUGGGGUGACCACACGACUGUUUCAGGGUGUGGAGCUGCGGCACGCAGAACUCCGUGCGAUCCACGUGGCACGCGAGGCCGAAGAUGCAAAUAGGAAGUUGGGCGAGAGGGGUGAGGACCCCAUUAAUCUCACUUCUAUCUUUUCUUUGGAUAGUUUUGCUAGCCUCCACACACUGGACUUGGAGUGCAAUUGCCUGGGAGACGAGGGCAUUACGAAACUCUGCUUGUGGUGCUUGCCGCAACUUUGUUUUCUAAAGCGUUUAUUUGUGGCCAGCAACGGAUUUGGCGUGUCAGGGCUGAGGGCCAUUGUGAAAUACACGGAGGGAAAUGCGUCUGGAACGGAUGGACGCAUGCCUUCUGCUUUUUCUCCUAAUAAUAGUACUGAAACAAAGAUGCAUCCACUUGAGGCUGUUGGCCUUACGAACAACCCAUUGUUUUCCAAUGACAAGGACGAGGAAGUCACGGACUUAUUGAGUUGCUUGCUUCAUGCAUGCGGGCCACUGCUUCGACGGUUGCAUUUGAACCAUGUCGGAAUGCCCACGUCAUCCGCGGUAGCAAUGGUGCAGGUGUGCUUUGCGGGUGAUAAAGUGCGGCCACAGGGUUUCCCAGACACGCAGCUGACGGUCUACCUCAAGCAGAAUUAUAUUGACAAGGAACAGUUUUAUUCGACGCUACGAGAUUUGGAAAUGGGUGCAGCUGCACGUAUGUUUCUUGUGUAG